UGGGCCAUGCAUCCCAUGUGGAGCACUCCCUUUUAUGUGAAGUUGCUCAAAGCAACACGGUUGCAAAUUUCCUUUUUAAGUCGGUAGGAACAGUCCCGGGCUCGUGGCCGAUACACACACCCUCAGCAGCCGGCGGUGGAUUCCUCAACACAGAUCGGCAGCCGGCCGGUGGAUUUCGCAACACAAAUCGGCAGCCGAUGGAAUUCUAUUCAGUGUAUGACGUGCCGAUCGACCAGCUGCUCGGAGUACCACCUGACGAGAGCGAUCUCCACGAAUGUUGGGAAGGUUUUGGGUCCAAUGGAGGCCAACUUGUAGCUCCCUAUUGUCUUUCUACCCACGACGAGACGCCAGACACCACGCCGCCGGAGACGGAGAGCGCCGCUCAUACAGCGGAUGGACCAGAGAGCGGCUGGAGGCGCAAGAGAGGCCCUCGCAAGAGAAGGGUGCCGUUGUGCACAGACCAAUCUUGGCAUCUGGGUAACCAUUUUGGGGAAACAUCACAUAGAACCAACAAUAGCCACUGGACACCUGAAGAGGUAGCUAUGCUGGUGGAUGGCGUCGAAGAUUGCGGGGUGGCACGGUGGUCUGUGAUGAAGAAGAAAUGGUUUCCAACGUCGGUCCGAACCGUGGGCAAUCUCAAGGAUAAGUGGAGAAAUCUCCUGGAAUCAUACACGGGAAAUGCCGAAAGAAGCUGCUAUCUGCAUCUUGACAAGAAGUUGAUCGAACGGAUCCAAAAGGCAGCAUUCAACAACCCGUAUCCAAAACCAAGGUGCACCGACGAAUGGUGAGGAGCCAUUGUUUAGGACUUUUUACAUUGUGAUGAAGUGCCUUGUAAAGCACUCUCUUACUAAUGAAGGCAAGAUGUUUUAGCAGCUGCCUAGGUCUCCUGCUUCAGUUUAGUACUCCAGUGUUAAGCUAACAAUAUUUGUAGGCAAGAUGUUUUAGUAGUGCCUAAAUACACACUCUAUGUGUGCCUACCUUCCUGAUUGUGUGAUUGUGUGGUACUAUGCUCUCUGAUUGUGUGAUAACUUUACAGAUGGU